AAAAUUAACGUGUUGUAUAAAAAAGUAAGAGAGAUUGGAAAGAUUUGGGAUAACAUGGAGGAAUAAAUGGUAUAUAUUUAUAAAGUAGGAAAAAUAUAUAUAUUUUUAUAAAACUAGCCGUUUCUAAUGGCUAUAAAACUUGGAAAGCAGCCCGGCAUGAACGUCUUAGGAAAGACGAUAAGGACAUGGACGGGCAAUGGAAAGCGGUAUGCUGAGACGUCAUCGACCCUCGCCGUCCGUAGACUAGACCCCUCUCCACACCGAGUAGUCAAACAAAAAGGUAAUAUUUACACUAACAAAAAGAAAAACAAAAAGUUACUAUCAUCAUCAUGAUCAUCAUCCAUCCGUCCAUAUUUGUCCACCCCACUCCCAAAUCUAACGCCUCUGAAUCUCCCACGUCAGCUUCUCCUUAUCACAAAACAGAAAGCUCUCAUUCUUCCACGUGGCACUCACGAUGCGUUAUUACUAAUCAAUCCAACGACCCUCAUCCUCUCACUCCAACCCCCCAAACCCUCUCCGGCGACUCAUCUCCGCCGUUAAUCCUUCAAAACGAGUUCAUAAGUUUGAGAUCAGCGAUGGCGGAUUCGGACAACGAGUCCGGCGGACAGAACGAGUUAUCUGCUCGAGAACAGGACAGGUUCCUGCCGAUAGCUAACGUGAGCCGGAUAAUGAAAAAGGCGUUACCGGCGAACGCGAAGAUAUCGAAGGAGGCGAAGGAGACGGUGCAGGAGUGCGUAUCGGAGUUCAUAAGCUUCAUCACCGGAGAAGCAUCGGACAAGUGUCAGAGAGAGAAGCGGAAGACGAUCAACGGUGACGAUCUGCUGUGGGCGAUGACGACGUUAGGGUUUGAAGAGUAUGUGGAGCCGUUGAAGGUUUAUCUGGGGAAGUAUAGAGAAAUGGAAGGGGAGAGGACAACCACGGUGGGGGGGAGGCAAGGGGAAACUGCUGCUGGUGGUGAUUCCGGUGGUGGAUAUAACGACGGUGGUGGUGGUGGUUAUGGAGGGUUGCAGAGUGGUGGGAUGGGUCGGGUCGGGUAUAACCAGAUGUAUAAUUCGGGUUCGGUUUAUCACUUGGGGUUAGGGAGUCCCAAGGGUGGAGGUGGUUCUGCCACUAGAUAGGUGGUGUGCUCUUUAACAUGUUUUACUAAAAAAUCUUUUUCCUUUAUAUUUUUUUAGUAGUUUCGAAUGUAUAGGGAUUAACAUGUGGAAUGUUUGAUAUGAUUUCAGAAUUAUUAUUGUUUCAAUUUCAA